AUGGAUGAGUUUGAAGAGUCAGCAUCUUUCUGCUUCUCUGAAUGUCAUUUACCUCCUCUCUAUAUUACAUUUAUCCCCACCCCUUUUUUUUUGCCACUCCCUUUCUUUGGGCAGCAGCUGCUACUAUCUCUGCUGUUGCUGUGUCAUUUGAUGUCUGAACCAAUUCACAGCAGAGAGCCUCCACCUGGAAGGCUUCAAACCUUCACUCACUGCCAACAUGACACCAGAGGAAGAACAGACAAAUUAUUCCAGAUCACAUUCUCUUUGUUCAGUUUCUUCUCUCUCUUUACUUUUCACAUUUUCUCUUCCUCUCUGUUUUUCUUUUCUCUUCCUCUCUGUUUUUCUUUUCUCUUCCUCUCUGUUUUUCUUUUCUCUUCCUCUCUGUUUUUCUUUUCUCUUCCUCUCUGUUUUUCUUUUCUCUUCCUCUCUGUUUUUCUUUUCUCUUCCUCUCUGUUUUUCUUUUCUUUUUUCACAUUUUCUCUUUCUCCUUCUUUUCUCUUUCUUUUCUCUUUCUUUUUCUUUUUCUUUCUUUUUCUCCUUUUCUCUCACCUCUUCUCUCCUUUUCUCUCACCUCUUCUCUCCUUUUCUCUCACCUCUUCUCUCCUUUUCUCUCUCCUUUACUGUGAAAGGAUUGGCUAA